UCCCCGCGCUGGCGGCGGCCCGGGGCGGGGCCGCUGGCGCACUGCGGCUGCAGCGGGCGGCGGCGCCGGAGCCGGCGGGGCGGGGGCCGGUGACCGGGGCCGUGGCUCGGCCCGCCGGUGGCUGACUGACAGCGCUCCCUGCCCAGGCGCUGGAAGGGCCGGGCCGGCGCGGGGCGGGCGGGGGAGGAGCAGGAGCGGUGCGAACCGCCCCGCACUGCCGCGGCUCUACCUAUUCAUUCAGUCACCUAAAAUGGCUGGAGAGAGGAGGUGGUGGAGCAGGCGGAGGAGGUGAGGGGGGAGCCGCAGCAGUGCCCCCAGCUCCUCCGCGGCCCGGCGGAGCUCCCGGCGCGGCUGCGGCCGCCCCUCGCCCGCGGCACCAUGUCGGCCGGCCCGGACGAGAGCUCGGUGCGGGUGGCGGUCAGAAUUAGACCACAGUUAGCCAAAGAGAAGAUUGAAGGAUGCCAUAUUUGUACAUCUGUCACUCCUGGUGAACCUCAAGUGUUCUUGGGAAAAGAUAAGGCCUUCACUUUUGAUUAUGUCUUUAACAUUGACUCACAGCAAGAAGAGAUCUAUGUACAGUGCAUAGAAAAGCUGAUUGAAGGUUGCUUUGAAGGCUAUAAUGCCACUGUCUUUGCUUAUGGCCAGACAGGUGCUGGCAAAACAUACACCAUGGGCACUGGAUUUGAUGUCAACAUAACAGAAGAGGAGCAAGGCAUUAUAUCACGUGCUGUUAAGCACCUUUUCAGAUGUAUUGAAGAAAAGAAACAAGGUGCUAUUAAGCAAGGACUUCCACCUCCCGAUUUUAAAGUGAAUGCACAGUUCUUAGAGCUUUACAAUGAAGAAAUUCUUGAUCUGUUUGAUACCACACGUGAUAUUGAUGCAAAGAAUAAAAAAUCAAAUAUUAAAAUACAUGAAGAUUCAGCAGGAGGAAUUUAUACAGUGGGCGUUACAACCCGAACUGUGAAUGGAGAAUCUGAGAUGAUGCAGUGCUUGAAGCUGGGAGCUCUGUCUCGAACCACUGCCAGCACUCAGAUGAACGUUCAGAGCUCGCGGUCGCACGCGAUCUUCACCAUACACUUGUGUCAGACCAGGGUCUGUCCCGCAUUUAACGCCGAUAAUGCCACUGAUAACAGGAUAAUAUCGGAGUCUUCUGAGAUGAAUGAAUAUGAAACUCUGACUGCCAAGUUUCAUUUUGUUGAUCUGGCGGGAUCUGAAAGGUUAAAGCGAACAGGAGCUACAGGAGAAAGGGCAAAGGAAGGCAUUUCCAUCAACUGUGGACUACUGGCACUUGGCAAUGUAAUUAGUGCACUGGGAGAUAAAAGCAAGAAGGCAACUCAUGUACCAUACAGAGAUUCAAAGCUUACAAGGCUGCUUCAAGACUCUCUUGGGGGAAACAGUCAAACGCUCAUGAUCGCGUGUGUGAGCCCUUCAGAUCGAGACUUCAUGGAAACUUUGAACACACUAAAGUACGCCAACCGGGCACGGAACAUCAAGAACAAAGUGAUGGUUAAUCAGGAUAGGGCCAGUCAGCAAAUAAAUGCUUUGCGCAGUGAGAUUGCACGGCUGCAGAUGGAACUCAUGGAAUACAAAACCGGUAAAAGGAUUAUAGAUGAAGAAGGCGUUGAAAGCAUCAAUGACAUGUUCCAUGAGAAUGCAAUGCUGCAAACAGAAAACAACAACCUGCGUGUUAGAAUUAAAGCAAUGCAAGAGACUAUUGAUGCUCUUAGAGCCAGAAUAACACAGCUUAUGAGUGAUCAGGCCAACCAAGUGCUAGCCAGGACAGGGGAAGGAAAUGAAGAAAUUAGCAACAUGAUUCAUAACUAUAUCAAGGAAAUUGAAGAUCUCAGAGCAAAAUUAUUAGAAAGUGAAGCAGUGAAUGAAAAUCUUCGACGCAAUUUGUCAAGAGCCUCGUCGAGAGCCACGUACUUCGGUGGACCAUCAGCAUUUUCUGCUUCUAUGCUUUCCUCAGAGAAAGAGACAAUGGAAAUUCUAGAUAUAGCCAAGAAAGAUCUAGAAAAGCUGAAAAAAAAAGAAAGGAAAAAGAAAAAGAGGCUACAGAAACUUGAGGAAAGCAGUCAAGAAGAAAGAAGUGUUAAGGAGGAUAACACAGACAACGAGCAGGAGAAAAGAGAUGAAAAAGGCACUUCAGAGAGAGAGAAUAAUGAAUUGGAGGGAGAGGAAAUUCAGGAAGGCAGUGAUCAUGACGAUGAAGAAGAGGAAGAUGAUGAGGAUGAAGAUGAUAUGGAAGUUGUUGAAAGCUCAGAUGAAUCAGAUUCUGACUCUGAUGAAAAAGAAAAUUAUCAAGCUGACUUGGCAAAUAUCACCUGUGAAAUAGCCAUUAAGCAGAAACUGAUAGAUGAGCUAGAAAACAGCCAGCGAAGGUUGCAAACACUGAAAAAACAGUAUGAAGAGAAACUAAUGAUGCUACAACAUAAAAUUCGAGACACUCAGCUUGAAAGAGAUCAGGUUCUCCAAAACUUGGGUUCUGUAGAGACCUACUCAGAAGAAAAGGCAAAAAAAAUCAAGUCAGAAUAUGAAAAGAAACUCCAAGCCAUGAAUAAAGAAUUGCAGAGACUUCAAACAGCGCAAAAGGAACAUGCACGUUUGCUUAAAAAUCAGUCUCAAUAUGAAAAGCAGCUGAAGAAACUGCAGCAGGAGGUGACAGAGAUGAAGAAAACCAAGGUUCGCUUGAUGAAACAAAUGAAAGAAGAGCAGGAGAAAGCUAGAAUGACUGAAUCUAGAAGAAACAGAGAGAUUGCACAGCUUAAAAAGGAGCAACGCAAACGAGAGCAUCAGCUCAAGCUUCUGGAAGCUCAGAAAAGAAACCAAGAAGUUAUCUUACGUCGCAAAACUGAAGAGGUCACAGCCCUUCGUCGGCAGGUAAGGCCUCUGUCUGAUAAAGUGGCAGGAAAAGUGAGUCGGAAGCUGAGUCUGCCUGAGCAUUCCAUGCAGGAAGCAAGUUCUAGUUUGUCAGGAGAACAUGAUGGCUCCAGAACAGCAGCACAGCAGAAGAUGAGGAUUCCUGUUGCAAGGGUUCAAGCAUUAUCUGUAACUGCAACAAAUGGGACAGGAAGGAAGUACCAGCGGAAAGCAGUGACGAGCAGAGUUUACUCCUCCAAGGCAGCCAGGAUGAAGUGGCAGUUACUGGAACGCAGAGUGACUGACAUCAUUAUGCAGAGGAUGACUAUUUCCAACAUGGAGGCAGAUAUGAACAGGCUGCUUACGCAACGUGAAGAGCUCACCAAAAGAAGAGAUAAGCUUUCAAAGAAGAGGGAGAAGCUCAUCAAGGGUGGGGGUGGCAGUGAAGCAGAUAGAAAUGUCCAAAACAUAAAUGAGGAGAUGGAAUCAGUAACUGCAAAUAUAGACUACAUCAAUGACAGCAUUUCUGACUGCCAAGCAAAUAUUAUGCAAAUGGAAGAAGCAAAGGAAGAAGGAGAGACCUUGGAUGUAACAGCAGUGAUUAAUGCUUGCACUUUGACAGAAGCUCGAUAUUUGCUUGAUCACUUCCUUAUGAUGGGUAUCAAUAAGGGUCUCCAAGCAGCUCAGAAAGAAGCUCAGAUCAAAGUUCUUGAGGGACGCCUUAAGCAGACAGAAAUUACUAGUGCUACUCAAAACCAACUGCUGUUUCAUAUGCUAAAAGAAAAAGCUGAAUUAAAUCCUGAACUUGAUGCUUUUCUGGGUCAUGCUUUGCAAGACCUAGAUAGCAUACCACUGGAAAAUUUGGAAGAUAGUACUGAUGAGGAUGCCCCAUUGCAUAGUCCUGGAACAGAAGGAAGUUCAUUAUCUUCAGAUCUCUUGAAGCUUUGUGGUGAAGUCAAGCCCAAAAGCAAGGCCCGGCGCAGGACCACCACCCAGAUGGAGCUGCUGUAUGCAGCCAGCAGCGACCUGGGCUGCGACAGCAGUGCUGCAGACUCUGCCCUGGCUGCCUCUGCCUCCUCAGCCGCAGAAACCCAACAAAGUGGGGUGGCUGCUGACACACAUGACACUUCUGCUAGGGAAAGAGAGUUUAUACCCCCACCAUCUGGCUUACCUUCUAAGAUAGGCAGCAUUUCGAGACAACCAUCUCUUCCAGAGAAGAAAAUACCUGAGCCUUCACCUUUAGCAAAGAGAAAAGCCUAUGAGAAAACAAUGGAAAAGACAAAGACAAAAGAACAAAAACUCUCAGAUUCUGGAGCCCCAGAGGCUAGUCUGUCACCUCCUACUUCCCCACCAAGCCGGCCCCGUAAUGAAAUGAAUGUUUUUAGUCGUCUUACUGUUUCUCAGGGAAACACAUCAGUUCAGCAGGAUAAGUCUGAUGAAAGUGAUUCCUCUCUGUCGGAGGUACAAAGGGGGAUAAUUAACCCAUUUCCUGCUCCAAAAGGCAUCCGAUCGUCCCCGCUCCAGUGUAUCUAUACAGCUGAGGGACACACCAAGGCUGUGCUUUGUGUUGAUGCAACUGAUGAUCUUCUCUUCACUGGAUCUAAAGAUCGUACCUGUAAAGUCUGGAAUCUGGUAACUGGACAAGAGAUUAUGUCUUUAGGGGGUCAUCCAAAUAAUGUGGUUUCUAUUAAAUAUUGCAACUACACAAGCCUGGUCUUCACAGUUUCAACCUCCUAUAUUAAGGUGUGGGACAUCAGAGAUUCUGCCAAGUGCAUUCGGACGCUGACGUCUUCAGGCCAAGCUAUGCCUGCUGAUGUGUGUUCAGGAAGUACUAACAGAACAGUUGCUAUCCCAGCUGGAGAGAACCAGAUCAAUCAAAUUGCACUAAAUCCAACUGGCACAUUCCUCUAUGCAGCUGCUGGAAACUCAGUGAGGAUGUGGGACCUGAAAAGAUUUCAGUCUACAGGAAAGCUAACUGGUCACCAGGGUCCUGUCAUGUGCCUUACUGUCGAUCAGAUCUCCAAUGGACAAGAUCUUAUUAUCACUGGUUCAAAGGAUCAUUAUAUAAAGAUGUUUGAUGUGACUGAAGGAGCUCUUGGAAGCGUGAGUCCUACACACAAUUUUGAACCUCCUCAUUAUGAUGGCAUUGAAGCACUUGCUAUUAUGGGAGAUAACCUUUUUAGUGGCUCGAGAGAUAAUGGAAUUAAGAAAUGGGAUUUGUCUCAAAAAGACCUUCUUCAGCAAGUCCCUAAUGCUCAUAAGGACUGGGUGUGUGCUCUUGGCCUGGUGCCUGGUGUGCCGGUUCUGCUCAGCGGCUGCAGGGGAGGCACCCUCAAGCUCUGGAACGUGGAUACCUUUGCACCCAUCGGGGAGAUGAAGGGACAUGACAGCCCUAUUAAUGCCAUCUGCACCAACUCCAGCCAGAUUUUUACAGCAGCAGAUGAUCGCACUGUGAGGAUCUGGAAAGCUCGAAAUAUAAUGGAUGGACAGAUCUCAGAUACAGGAGAUGCAAAUGAAGAUCUUGCCAGUAAUUGAAAUUACGGGGGAUAAAGGAAUGCAUUGAUCAAUUUGAGGUGCACUCUAUGCAGUUUGCUGCAUAUCUGUUAGUUAAACACUGAUGACUGGAAUGGACUGAAAAUGUGUGAACUCUUCCACUAGACCUGCUGUCCUUAAAAUAUGUACUGUAUUUAAUAACCUCUUGGUAACAUAGCUUGAGUCUCAACAGUCACGUGUAUCUCUAUAUAUUACGGCUGAAUUUGUGUGCACAUGUAAUACUUGCAAUUUAAAUUAACUGGAAUUCAGUCUUCUCUAAUGACCAUCUCAAAAUUAUAACCUGAAAUAUAUAACAAAAGUGCUCUGCUGUAUUUCACUCACAAGUAUGAUCAGCUGUUUUGCAUUUUAGGGUAACAGGGGAAGGAACGUGUCCCAGGAAUAAGCCUUUGAUGAGAGGCAGUGUGAAGAUUUUAAAGGUCACUUACACUGUUGUUAGGAAAGUGGAGUGAAUAAUAGAUGGGAAGAAGCUGUUAAGGAUACAUCUACCUGACACGGCUGUAUCCUGCUAACAGCAAAUGCCAUAUGAUUUGUGUGUUGAUAGCAUAUAAUCUGUGUUGACCAAAGUUGUGCAGCUGUGUAUACUCUGUGCUCAGGACUAGAACUCAAAUGCCCACAAAUGGCUAUGUUUUAUUUGUGUUUUGCCUGUGUUCUGCAAUGACUAGAUGUUCAUAAUGUCAUGAUAAAUAUAUCUUAAUCUAUUUUUCUUACGGAUUUGUUUCUAUCAUCUCACAUUUUCUUUUUUUUUUUAAAGCAAAUUGUCUUUCCUUUUUAUCUAAUUUUAUAUGCUGCUAAAUGUAUUUUAAAUACACUGUUUUGCAAACCUUGGCAGUUACUUUGAGAACUGAACCACGUUUAUUGGGAAAAGCUAUGUAAAUAUAUGGUUGUAUAAAGAAAAUAUCUUAUCUUGUGCCUGUAUGACUUUUAAAGCUCUUGGAACCUGGAUAUUGAGGGAGGAUGUAUAAUUUACCCAACUGCUCUGAAUAUUAAUUUGUAAAUUCUGCAAAUUUUAAAAUUUUAUGUAGAUUCAGAAACACUGUUUGGAUAUUGAGAUUUUUUUGGUUGUUUUGUUUUUAUUUUUCAGAAAAUAUCAGUCUGUAAAUUAUAGCUUGUGUAGGUAACAAAUAAAGAUGUGAAUGUGAACUGCU